GCGGGGACCACAGUGAGCCCGUGCGACGCGUGGCCUUGGGUUGGGUGCCAUGGACGCCUUCACUCGCUUCACCAACCAGACUCAGGGCCGGGACCGAUUCUUCAGAGCCACUCAGUAUACAUGCAUGUUGCUUAGGUAUUUGUUAGAAUCUAAACCUGGCAAAGACAAGGUGGUACUGAAGCUCAAGAAACUGGAGUCCAAUGUGAGCACUGGCCGGAAAUGGUUCAGACUGGGCAACGUGGUCCAUGCUGUCCAGGCAACUGAGCAGAGCAUCCGCGCCAGUGACCCGGUGCCUCGCGUGUGCCUCACGCUAGCCAACCUGAACCGAGUGGUGUAUUUCAUCUGUGACACCAUCAUCUGGGCAAAGAGUGUGGGCCUCACCUCUGGCAUCAACAAAGAGAAAUGGCAAAUGAGGGCCGCCCGCCACUACUACUAUUUUCUUGUAAUGAGCCUGAUCAGGGAUCUGUACGAAGUCUCCCUGCAGAUGGGACGUGUUGCACACGACAGGGCAGAGAGAGAGAAGUCAUCCCAGGACCCUGUGGGGUAUCACGUGGUUGAUGAGGAGACCGAGUGGCUACAGUCCUUGCUCCUGCUCCUGUUCCAGUCUCUCAGGCGGCAUCCUCCGUUGCUCCUGGACACAGUGAAGAACUUCUGUGACAUCCUGAUCCCUUUGAACCAGCUGGGGAUCUAUAAGUCCAAUGCUGGCAUCAUAGGACUGGGCGGUCUCGUGUCCUCUGUGGCAGGCAUCAUCACUGUGGUGUACCCUCAAAUGAAACUGAAGAUCCGCUAGGCUGCUGGAGGCCAAGGACCAGCACCUGCUUGAAAAAUGACAGCUUAGCGGGACAGACAUUUGUGUUUCUCACAGACCGUGUCACACUGUGCUUAGCAACUUGUAAUGUGGACAUAGAUGGGGCUGAGAAUGGAGUGUGAAGAUUGAUGCAUGUUUUCUCAUGUCAGUGACUUCUGGAUUUCUGAAUAUUCUCCCUUCCUCUAACAUGUACUGAGCUUCUCUUACAUGCAUAGUAAAGCCUCAGUGUUUGUUGAAUGAAAAAGUUGGAAAAAUACUCUGUCAAACUAAUAUGUUAACACUGCGAUUCAGUGUGGCCGAGGUUGUGUGGAUCCAGUUCAUGGCACUGUCUGGUCUGAUUGUGGCUCCCUUUUCCUCCCAUCAGGUAUUACUCCCCACCCCCAUCCAUAGCAGGAUGGACAGGAGCCGGACUUACAGCCUCUGGCCAUGACCGUCACUGCACCGGUGUACUUGCCGAAUCCUGAAAGUAGACUCAGAAAAGCACCAGGCACCUUCGUGGUGUGAAGUGUGUCUUUCAGUAAUGCUGUGAGUAAAAGUCAGGACUAGCUGAGGCAAAAGUAGGUGGAAGGUCACACGGUGCCUGUUAGGUAGACCUGGCAGGUGAGGAAAUUGACCCUGGAAAACAAACAAACAAACAAGCAAGCUGAGAUCAGAAGCUGCUCGUCCAGGUCCCUUCUGGGUGCUUUCCCUGGCGUGGUGUGGCCUUUGUAACUGAGUAGAAUUACAGGGCUCCAGAAUCUGCCUUUUGCCUCUUCUCUCCCCAAAUUUAGGUCUUUUGUUAGCGGUUUUUAUUCUAUCCUUCAAAAAUUAAAACUAUAUAGACUUGCCAUCCAGAUUGUUGUUAUUUAAAGCCACAUAGCAGUUUGGGCGAUUCCACAUUAAUUUUCUUAAAAAUUUAUGCAGUUAAAAAUUUCAUGUCUCCUCUGUGAAUGUAGGCAGGUCACAAUUUUCUGUAAUAAAUGAGAUUUCCUCGUUGGGUGACUGGGGGAGGUGGGAUAAAGCAGUAAGGACCAUUGAAGAGGAUGUGGGAGUAUUGACUCAGUGACAUUUACUAAGUUCCCACUUCCCAUCUUGCAUAUUGUGUGCUUUGGUUUGAGAGGCAUGAGGUGGGGAGACCGAUGCCAGCACAGAGGAGGCCAGUGUUGGCACUACCAGUAAUGACAUGCCACUUACGUGGAUGCAGAUGAGAACAGAAACGUGCACUGAAUAAAUUGUUCCCACAAACGUGACUGAUUUUCAAAUCCCUCCACUGUGAGCUUGAUGGUG